UUAUCAUAGUCCAUUUUAAUAUGUUAUUUUUAGCUGAUAUUUUUUAUUUAUCCUGUUUCAAUUUCAAGAUGUUAACGCUGUGGUUACUUUUGAGUGUCUUUCUAAGUUCUUUAUUGGUUUAUUUCGCAAAAUUACAGUUUUAUUGGAAACGUAAAAAUGUAAAAAACAAUUUUUACGCUUCAACAAUUGGAGUGUUAAAAUUAUUUCUUCUUCAACAUAACAUUGGUGCUUUGUGCGAACAACUUUAUUGGAGUACAAAAGAGAAAUACGUUGGUUUCAUUUUAUUGGGAAAGCCAGUUCUUAUAGUGAAAAAUUUGAAAUUAAUCAAAAAGAUUUUGGUGAAAGAUUUCGACAAUUUUGAUAAUCGAACCAUGACAACAAAUAAAAUUGGCGAUCCCUUGGGUACAAGGACACUUUUCGUUGAGAAGAAUCCAAUUUGGAAAUUUAUCCGAUCAAAAAUAUCAAGCUGGUUUAGUAGUGGUAAAAUGAAAACACUAUUCACUAAAAUUUCACAAAUUGGUGAUAAUUUCGUUGAAUUUGUUGCCGAAAAUGAAGGAAAACCGAUUGAUUUAAACGAAAAUUGCCCAAAAUAUUCAACGGAUGUCGUUACAGCUUGUGGUUUUGGAAUAGAGGAGAAUUGUUUUAAAAAUAAAAAUGCACUAUCACGUGAAGCUUCAAAAAAAAUUUUCAUUUACAACAUUUCUCGUGGGAUUCAAUUCGUUUGCUAUUUUAUAAGCCCGUUUUUAACAAAUUUUUUUAAUAUGAAAUGGUUGGAUCCUUCAUCUUCAGAAUUCGUUGAAAAAAUGUAUUAUGAUAUUAAAGAUAAAAGGUUAAUAGAAGGAACACAUGAUGAUUUCAUCGCAGAAUUAUUUAAAAUGGAACAAAAAAAUGUUUAUCAUACAGAUCCCGUUGAGAUUAUGGCUCAAGCUGCCCAAUUCUUCUUGGCAGGAUUUGAAACGGUUAGUUCAACUUUAAUGUACGCUUUGUAUGAAAUGGCACACAAUAAAACCAUUCAAAGAAAACUUCGUGAAUCAAUAAAAAACGAUUUAAAAGAGAAUGGGGGUAAAAUAACUUAUAAUUCUUUAGUUGGAAAUGAAUAUUUAAUGAAUAUUAUAUAUGAAACAACAAGAAAAUAUCCAGUUUUACCAUUUCUGGAUCGUAUAUGUCGAAAUGAUUACGAAAUCCCCGAAGAUAAUUUAACAAUAGACGCUGGAACUUACAUCUACAUUCCCGUUCAACCAAUUCAAAGAGAUUCGGAAUAUUUUCCGGACCCUUUAAAAUUUGAUCCCGAUCGAUUUUCAAUUGAAAAUAAAGAAAAAAUGGGUUUAAAUUCGUAUUUAGCGUUUGGUGGUGGUCCAAGAAAUUGUAUCGGGGCUAGAUUUGGAAAACUUUCGGUUGCUUGUGGUUUGGCGAAGUUAGUUUCUAAUUUCGAUUUGAAUUUGGCGGGCGAAUAUGAAGAGUUGGAGUUUGACCCUAAAGGAUUUUUGUUGGCACCGACGAAAAAAAUUAAAUUGGUUUUUAAUAAGAUAUAAUUAUUUUUUAUUAAUAUAAUCAUAAAAUGUAA